AUGAGUUUCAAAGGCUUCCAGAAGGGCAUCGUACGAGCGCCCCAGACGUUCAAGGCCAAGUUCAACAUCGGCGAACAUACCAAGGAUGCCGUCUACAGCGAUGCCGAACGUCGGUUCCAGGAACUCGAGAAGGAGACCAAGAAACUUCACGAUGAGUCUCAGAAAUACUUCAAUGCCAUUAAUGGCAUGUUGAACCACCAGAUCGAAUUCUCCAAAUCCAUGACAGAAUUAUACAAGCCUAUCUCCGGUCGGGCUUCCGACCCCAGUACAUACACCAUCGAAGGCAAUCCCGAAGGUAUUCAUGCCUGCGAAGAGUACGAGACCAUCGUUCGCGAGCUCCAAGAAUCCCUUGCGCCCGAACUGGAUAUGAUCGACAGUCGGAUCAUCAGCCCUGCGGACCAGUUGUUGGAGGUGAUCAAGGUGAUCCGCAAAGUUGGCGUGAAACGCGACCACAAGCAGCUCGACUAUGACCGCCACCGCGCCACUUUGAAGAAGCUGCAGGAUAAGAAGGACAAGUCGCUGAAGGACGAAAAGGCGCUUUACAAGGCCGAAAGCGACGUCGAACAGGCUACGCAGGAAUUCAACUACUAUAACGACUUGCUUAAGGAUGAACUCCCGAAGCUGUUCGCCCUGGAGGCCGAGUUCAUCCGUCCACUGUUCCAAUCCUUCUACUACAUGCAGUUGAAUGUCUUCUACACCCUACACGACAAGAUGCAGGGCAUGAACAUUGGCUACUUUGAUCUUACUCUGGAUGUCGAAGAGGCGUUUGAGAAGAAGCGGGGUGACGUGAAGGAACGGACAGAAGAGCUUACUAUCGUCCACUAUAAAACCACUGCUGGCCGUCGUCCCGGCUCAAAGCCACCAAUCCCGGGUGCGAAGCCCAGUUUCGCAAAGGAGAAGUUUGGUUCCGACGGCGGUGGCGACUACAAGAGCACCUAUUCACGACCAAACAACACUUCUGAUACAGUUGACAACCCUCCGCCGCCAUACUCUGCUGCUGCUGUUGGCAGCAGUGCUAGCAGCGCCAGUAGUUUGGCGGCAGCGGCCAAGUGUAAACCGGCACCACCACCGCCCAAGCCCAAGCCAUCCCAAUUCCGGGCACCAGUGGAGACGGUUACGGCGCUGUACGACUAUGAAGCACAGGCCCAUGGUGACCUUAGUUUCUCGGCUGGCGAGGUCAUUGAAAUCGUGCAACGAACAGACAACCAGAAUGAAUGGUGGACAGGCAAGGUUGGAGGACGCGAGGGACAAUUCCCUGGAAACUACGUUCAGUUGCGAUAA